AUUAUUACGUAUAGGCUUUAACCCCUCAAUGGACAACAUCGAUAAGGUGUGUUGAGGUGGAUUUCAGGGUUUAAAUUAUGGUCGUUUGCUGAUACCGGCACUGUGAAGUAAUGGACAUGCUUAACUUCGAAGAUUUGGGCGAUGUACUCGAUGAUGAAGAGGCGGAAGAAACGAAAUUUGAGAAGUUUGGUGCGUUUCAUAAAACUAAUGUAGUUUUUCUGCUCGAUUUGACGCAUAAGAUGCUACUUCCAAGCAAAAUGAAGAAUAAACAUUCCGGAAAAAAAGUAUCCAUGGCUUACGCGUGUCUCGUAGCUAUCAGGCAAGGUGUGUUAGAUAUGAUUAAACAUUCAUCGCUUGGAGGCGGUGGACGAGAUCGUGUGGCAAUUUUGGGAUUAAUGCAUAAGAAAAAUGUUGUGUUAUUGGACAUGCAGUUACCAUCAGCUGAGACCAUGAAGGUAAUCGACGAUUUGCUGGGUUCCAUUAGCAAAGUGCUGCCGGUGACACAGAGCUUUGCAAUUGAUCUAGGAAAAGCCUUUGAUAUGUCAUUUACUCUUCUUAAGGAUCUACCAGGAGAUGCCCAAAUAUUUGUUUGCACUGGAAACGAUGACCCUUGUGAUACUAACUUGCGUAAGGGUGUAUCCGAGAAAAUGGUGGUGUGCAGUAAAGCAAUGGAUCUGACGCAAAACCACAUGAUGUCAAUUAAGCUUUUGGCUGUACCUCUAGAGGGCCAGGAAAAGGCUUUUGACGUUGGUAAAUUUUGGCGAGAAAUCGUCUCAGAUCAGGGCCAGGAUGAUCGAGCCAUAAUCGAAAACCUGUACGAUCUAACCCAGCAUGUCUGUUCACUUACACGGCCAACGGCAAUCGUUGUGCCUAAUGGAAGCAACAUGAAAUUGCGCGUCCGAGAUCCAAAAAAACGUGGCGGCUACGCAGUGCAACUGCAUGUUAACCUGUAUGCUCUAUCACGAUCGCGAGAUCUCAAUCCAAGUAAAACGUUUCGCAUCGAUGUUGAUAAUGGCCAUUUCGUACUAGAGGCACGGGUGCGUAACGGAAAAGUGCUUAAAGGAACCAGCAGUGAUAUGUACACAGCAAUUCACGAGGGCGAAAGCACUGCUGAAGACGAUGAUGCGAACGUACCGCCUUCGACUACAGGUUGUAGGUCUUUACCGCUACAAACACUUUAUCAACGCAAGAAGGUGCUAAAGUUCCGUGAACGUGAUAUGAAGGUAUGGAACUCGAAUGAAAUAGCAGAUAUCACCAGACAUAAUUCUCCGCGAUGCAUUGAAAUUGUGGGCUUCAUCCGAAACGAUAAAAUUAAUAGAGAGUUCCGCCGACAAAGUCCACAAUAUCUGACACUGGCAAAAAAUUCAGAGGAAGAAGAUGAAGCAAGCUAUUGGUGCUCCUUGUGGCACUCUUGCCGACGUCUUAAUAUAACUUGUGUAGCGAUUCUUUAUCUUCGCGAGUUAAACGCGCCGAAGCAGGUGCUGCUUACUCCCCACUCACAAGUUCGGGAUCCGCAAGGUGUGCUCCGACUUCCCAACGGUUUCUAUGUCCACCAUUUGCCAUACAGGGACCGGGUGUACGUUGAAGUUAGGCCCAAGCAGUCAACUGAAGAAAUGCGAAUCAGACAGAAAGCUAUGGGCUCCUUGCAGCGUUCCCUCGAAGCUAUUUCUAUGCCAUUCUUCUAUCCAGUGCGAGACAAAAAUGCGGAAAACGAAUGGCGUGUCCUUGAAGCUCUUGCUUUAGAUCAGGCGCCCCCUAGGGUAGGCCCUACCGUAAUGGAAUAUCCACCAGAAAUUAAGGGUGAUAUCGAGCAUCUGCGAGCUAUUUGUGCCACCAAUAAGGACGCGGAAAGCAAGGUUGAACCCAUUAAACCAAAACGGCAAAAAAAGUGAGAAAAAGCACAAAAUGCGGCAGCGAGGCAGGCAGGUGACGUCAUGACGUCUUGUAGUAACACUGAAUUUUACGUGCUCGAUUACGAUCGCUGAUAGCGUACUGUAAUGGAUUCCUAAUAGUGGGUGUCAUUUUAUUAUAUUGAUCGUAUAUACACAAAUAAAAAAAAAUAUAUAUAUAUACACAUAUAUUUUAACACACUUUCUCAUAGCAAACGAUAUACUGUAAAUUUCAGACAACUAGAGAAAAUACAGCUUAUGUCAUUAGUCCACGUAAAUACUUGUUUUAUUUUACAUCAGGGGUGAUUUUAUACCGAAUAUCAUCAUUUAGUCGAUUUGCCUCGUGUACUCUGUAAGUAUUCCGCAGCUCUGGACAAAGGAAAAACAUUAAUAAUGAGUUUAUCGGUGAUUUGAUUGCAUCCCCCAAUGCGAAAACUGAGCAUGUCUAAAUUUGAUUUUAUUAAUACAAAUGGCAACGAUAAAAUUCGAAAUUACAACGUCUGAAACUAGUGUGUGAACAUGCGUUAUCUGGAUAAUGCGGUCGUUUUUGUGGGAUGUAUUAGUAAAUAAGCAAUAAAUAAAGAGCACAAGUGCAUGCAACAAAUAGGUCAAUUUAACAUCAAAUCGAUCAACAGUAAUAAUGUUUUGAUCAAACAAAUUGUUGAACAUAGUUUGUGGAGUUACAGAGGGCCUUGUUGAAUUGUCGUUUGCUGAAAAAUAUGACAAAUACGGCUCCACUUCGAGAUAUAGUUUGUGCUUGUUUUUCUACAAAAUUAAAUAAGAAAACUUUUUUAGCGAGAAGAACGAUAAAACUUGCGUAUACAUGUACACACUGCUCGUUUAACGUGCAUACAGCGGAACAAGAAAGAUAGUAGUACUAUUAUUGCUAAAUAAGCGUAGUAGGGACUUGCAGCGCUGAUACUAUCACAUUUUAAAGAAACGAAAGUAACCCAAAUGUGCUCAAGCAGUAUACAACAAACCCAUUUUCACUUUUCAUCGUCCUCACCAGAAUUUACUUUUUUGUAUUUGUAUCUAUAUG